AUGACCGAAGCAGCAUCCGUAUACCCACCGCUCGACCAGCGUCCCAUCAAAAACACAAUCGUGCUCUUCGAUGUAGACGACACCCUAACAAUCCCCCGGCGUAAAGACCAGACAGCCACGCCGGAGAUGCUCGCGCUGCUCUCGGCGCUCCGCCACAAAGUCGCCAUCGGAUUCGUCGGCGGCUCCGACCUAGCCAAGCAGCAGGAACAGCUGGGCAGCGCCGCGAUCCCCGUCACUACCAUGUUCGACUUCUGCUUCUCGGAGAACGGGCUCACGGCCUACAAGCUGGGCCUGCCGCUCGCAUCACACUCGUUCAUCAAGAUGGUGGGCGAGGAAAACUACAAGAAGCUGGUUAAGUUCAUCUUGCAUUACGUCGCGGAUCUGGAUAUCCCCAUCAAGAGGGGCACAUUUGUGGAGUUCCGGAAUGGCAUGAUUAAUGUUAGUCCCAUUGGCAGGAAUGCGAGUGUGUCAGAGAGGAACGAGUUUAAUGCGUAUGAUGAUGUGCAUAAGGUCCGCGAGACGUUUGUGGGGAUUUUGAGGGAGAAGUUUGCGGAUUUGGGGUUGACAUAUUCCAUUGGAGGCCAAAUAUCAUUUGAUGUCUUCCCGGAUGGCUGGGAUAAAAGGUACUGCCUGACACAUCUCGAGGCUGAGGCCAAGAAACCGGAUGGAAUAGAAUAUACGACUGUUCACUUCUUUGGCGACAAGACAUAUAAGGGGGGUAACGACUAUGAGAUCUACUCGGACCCAAGGACUAUUGGUCAUUCAGUCAAGAAUCCCGAGGACACAUAUGAACAGGUGAAGAAACUCUUCGACCUGUGA